CCUAUAUAUAAGAUAGUUGUAAGAAAAGAUUAAAACACCACCACUUACAGCAAAAGAGAUCCUAAUUAAUCUCACCUCAUUUCAACAUGGAGAAAAGUACUCUUCCUUAUAAUUUCCUUCUACUUCUUCCUCUCCUGCUCCUUCCUCUAUAUUUUCUCAUCACAUUAUACAAAGCCAGAAAUGAUCAAAAUAAACCCAACUUCCCUCCUGGUCCUCCUAAGCUUCCAAUCAUUGGUAACUUACAUCAACUUACAAAACAGCCCGAUCAAGCACUGUCAUUACUAUCUAAAAUAUAUGGUCCAGUCAUGCUUCUUGAAUUUGGUCGUCUACCAACAAUCAUAAUCUCUUCUGUUGAAGCUGCAGAACAAGUCUUGAAAACACAUGAUAUUGAGUUUUGUAAUAGAUUUCGGCUUGCUGGACGAAAACGCCUUUCUUACAAUUUCGUAGAUCUGGUUUUUGCACCUUAUGGAGAGUACUGGAGAGAAAUUCGAAAAAUAUGCGUCCUUGAGCUCUUAAACGCGAAAAGGGUGCAAUCUUUUAAGGUAGUCAGGGCAGAGGAAGUUGAUGUUUUGAUUGAUUCCAUAUCAUCUUCUUCAAAUGCUACUCCUGUUAACGUUUUUGAAAAGUUAACAAGCUUUACACAUAAAACAUUCUGUAGAGUUGCUUUCGGUAGCACAAUCGGUCAAAGUAGGAACAGAUUUGAUAAUGGAAUACUUACAAAACUUCUUCAUGAAGUCGCCUUUUUGUCCAGUUUAUCUGCAUCCGACUAUUUUCCAAAGGCAAGUUGGAUUAUUGAUAGGAUCACUGGAAUCCAUGCUAAAACUGAAAAAUGCUUUCAUGAUGUGGAUAGUUUUCUACAACAAAUCAUAGACGAACACGACAACCUCAAGAGAGUGAAACUAGAGGAUGAAGAUAUCAUAGACGCUUUGCUUAAAUUAAAGAAGGCUCGAACGAGUAGCAUUCAUCUCACUAACGACCAUAUUAAAGCAAUUGUUUUGAAUAUAUAUCUUGGUGGAGUAGACACAUCUGCUGUAACAAUGAUUUGGGUAAUGACAGAACUGGCUAAAUGUCCCAAAGCAAUGAAGAAAGCUCAAGAAGAGAUUAGAAGUCAUGUGGGAUCGAAAGGAAAGGUAGAGGAAUCAGACCUCCAUAACUUCGGGUACUUAAAAAUGGUAGUUAAGGAAACUCUAAGGUUGCAUCCAAUAGAUUCAUUCCUUAUAAGAGAAAGCUUGAAACACAGUAAAAUUGAUGGUUACGACAUAUACCCCAAGAUGUGGGUCCUAAUAAAUAUAUGGGCGAUGGGGAGAAAUCCACAAUAUUGGCAAAAUCCUGAAGAAUUCUUGCCAGAGAGGUUUAAAGAUAGCUCAAGUGAUUUUGUCCAAAAUCAAAAUUUUGAAUACAUGCCUUUUGGGGGAGGUAGAAGGGCCUGCCCUGGGUCGAAUAUGGGAAUUGUGUUAGUAGAGCUCGUCCUUGCCAAUGUAUUGUACACUUUCGACUGGGAUUUGCCAAAAGGAUUGAAGAGGGAAGACUUAAACAUGGAGGAGUCAUUAGGCCUAGGUUGUAGAUAUCCGCUGGAGCUUGUGCCCAUCAAGCAUGUGAUUUAGAGAAUAAAAGUUUGUGCUAAAUCUAUAUAAUUAUAUUGCUUGGG